UCCCCCUCCGCACUCCGCUUCCUCCCACCGAGAAAAGAGAAAGGGAGAGACGAAAAGACUCUCCGAGUCCCAAAGGCAUUCUCUCCUCUCCCUCCCUUUCACACUUCGAAGGAGGCAUCCGAGAGGAGGAAGAAAUGGAGGCGUUGUACUACCUCCUCUUCGGAGGGCUGUCGGUGGUGGUGGCGCUGUUGGAGUUCAGCAAGACCAGCAAAGACCGCAUCUCCACCUCCGCCGCCUUCAACUCCUUCAAGAACAACUACAUCGUCGUCUACUCCCUCAUGAUGGGUCUGUCCAAAUCUUACGACAUCUCGUACCGACUUCCAGAUCUGAUCUGGUGGAAGAGAAAUUUUGGCUGUUUUCUAAUGAUUUGGAUGCUUUUGGGAGGCUCAAAUCUCUUCGAUUUGCUUUGUUCCUGCGUCUGCUGAUCUAAUAUUUCUAUCUGUAGAUCUAGCCUUUUCUCCUUGAUAUACUGGAGAUUGGUUACAGGGCCCCUAUGUCUAUUACCUCUACCAUACGUACGGCUUCGGGAAGGGAGAAAUUGGUCGGCUCUUCAUUGCCGGAUUUGGAUCCUCCAUGGUCUUCGGGACGAUUGUUGGAUCUUUGGCCGACAAACAGGGUCGGAAGAGGGCUUGUGUGACAUAUUGCAUAAGUUACAUACUAAGUUGUAUCACCAAGCAUUCUCCAGAGUUUAAGGUGUUGAUGGUGGGCCGUAUAUUGGGGGGAAUUGCUACAUCGCUCUUGUUUUCAGCUUUCGAGUCAUGGCUUGUUGCUGAACACAACAAGAGGGGCUUCGAACCACAAUGGCUUUCCCUAACUUUCUCGAAGGCUAUAUUCAUUGGCAAUGGUCUCGUAGCCAUCGUCUCUGGGUUGUUUGCUAAUUUACUGACUGAUACCUUGGGUUUUGGCCCCGUGUCUCCCUUUGAUGCUGCUGCAUGCUUCCUAGCGAUUGGCAUGGCAAUUAUCUUAUCAACAUGGGGUGAGAAUUAUGGAGAUCCUUCAGAAAACAAGAGCUUGCUUAGCCAAUUUAAGGUUGCUGCAGUAGCCAUUGCGUCUGAUGAGAAAAUUGCUUUGCUGGGUGCAAUUCAGUCACUGUUUGAAGGCUCAAUGUAUACGUUUGUAUUCUUGUGGACUCCUGCUUUAAGCCCAAAUGAUGAGGGCAUUCCUCAUGGGUUUAUUUUUGCUACCUUCAUGUUGUCUUCGAUGCUUGGAAGCUCCAUUGCAUCUCGGCUGAUGGCCCAAGAGACACUUAAAGUUGAAAGUUAUAUGCAAGUUGUUUUUGCAAUCUCUUCAUUCACUCUUUUCCUUCCUGUUAUCACCAGUUACUUGGUAACAUCUUCAUCGGUAAAAGAUGGGAGCAUCUCGCUUGGGGGUUCUAUCCUCUUAUUUGGGUUCUGUACCUUUGAAGCAUGUGUAGGGAUAUUUUGGCCAUCUAUUAUGAAGAUGAGAUCUCAGUACAUUCCCGAGGAGGCUAGAAGCACAAUCAUGAACUUCUUCCGCAUUCCCCUGAACAUAUUUGUUUGCAUUGUGCUUUACAAUGUGGAUGCAUUCCCUAUGACUAUCAUGUUUGGCAUGUGCGGUAUUUUCCUUCUCAUUGCCUCUGUAUUGCAAAGGCGGCUGAUGGUGGUUGCUGAGAGCCACCGAUCAAGGCCACAAGAUUGGACAGCAAUGAAGGAGAGGGAUGAUGAGGAAGCGCCACUGAAUAUCUGAGCAGCAGGCAUAUGUUUGGUGCUUGCACAGUAAUAGCUGCAGCCUAUCACGAUAAUAUAGUCCAACAGCAUUGUACUUCCUGUCAUCAUCAAUCUGAUUAAUAAUUUGAAAAGUAUGCUGUUACUGAAGCGUGCGAUCAAAGUGUGCCAUCAGACAGAAAACAUAUCACGACAAAGUGCUCCAAGUGAUGUUCCUUUAGUCUUAGAUUAGCAGUUAAGAGAGUUCUUUAAGAUGUACCAAAGUAUACGAGCAUCUCUACAAAGUCAUGGGAAGUAGAUGGCUAUGGAUGGCCUGUUUUGUAAUAUCUAGCCACCUGUUUUCCAUUUGCCCUUUGUUUUUUUGGUUUAAGACGUGUACUGUUGGAAUUUAAUUCUUUAAGGCCUGAGUAUCUGCAAUUGUGGAGAAAGAUGCACAUCUAACUUGUAUUCUUAUAUUCUAUUUUAGUUGAUAGUCAUGGCUAUUGGUACCAUGGUCAUAUCAUUUUAAUAAUACAAGUUUUUUGUUCUUUCGUAGACAAA